AGGGAGCUGAGAGAAAAAAAAGAAAGAAAAAGUGAUUGAGAUCUUUGCGGAUGUUUUGUCCGACAAUUUUCUCUGCCACUGUUAUCAAAACAUGCAAAUGGAGAUUUUUCCAACAGGAUCUUAAACAAAUCUGGAGGCGUUAAUGCCGAAGCAAAAUAAUCAGCCCGUUUGAAGUGACUGGGUUUCGGUUUGUCUUCUCCUGAUACCAUUGCAAGGGAAUGAUAAUUAGACCUUUACUUAAAAAAAAAAAAAAAAAGUCCUCCUCUUCCCUCCCCCUUCCUCCCCCUCCCUCUCUCCCUCUCUUGCUCCCUCCCUUUCUCUCUUGCUCGCUCUGAUGUUGGCAAAGGGGGUUUUCUUAAUCAGACUGUUUUUUUGGUCCGAGGGAAAAGGAGGAAGAAGGAGACUGAUGGAGGAAGGGGGUCUGUAAAACGUCAGGCGAGGCACAAAGGCUUUGCCACGUAAUUACAGGCUCCUAUUAAGUCGAGAUCUGCCCUCCCAGGGGUCUCCAAUUUUCUUGUAUUCCCUACAAAGCCUCCUCUGCAUGCCAGUUUGUGCCUUUUGAAGUGCCAGAGGGCUUCGUGAUCCAACUGAGAAGGAAAAAGGAGCUCUACAAGAAGAGGGGGAGAAAAAAGGGAGAGAGAGGAGAGAGGGAAAAGGGGGAACCUACCACCACCCUCCUUUGGACUCUUGAAGCCCUAUUUUCUUUAUUAUAUAUAUAUUUUUUUUACUCCUUAGGAAAAGUAAAGUGAGAAUCCGCUUUCUAACACAUCUGCAAGACAUCACCCUCUCCUCCUGAAACUUUAGUCGCUCCUGAGAAUCCACAGGAGUGCAGAGCGGGGAACACACGUUUUCUUGAAGAUGUUUUAAAGCUGGAACAAGCCUUCUUCUGUUGGUGCUUGAACUCUUGCCGGGGGAAUAACUUUUUAAACCUUUUAUUAUUUUUUUUAAACCCACUUUGAUUCUUCUCUCCCACCCCUUCUCCUCUCUUCUUCUGUUUGCCUAACUCCCCCGCCCUGCCCUGCUGGCCUCUCUUUCCUUUCCCCCUCUUAUUAUUAUUUUUAGUGAGUGCCUGUGGAAGAUUUGUGAAAGUUGAAAGGGCGGAGGGCUUUUAUUUUUCUUCUGAUCUAAACAUAAGGUAAAUUUUAUUUUAUUUUUUAAAUUUUUUGGUGUGGAUUAUCUCUUUGGACCGCGCCGGACUUGGCUUCAAGAAAAUAUCCAAGGCUGCCUGCUGAAAUCUGCGGGUGCAGAAUUCUCAGCGCUGCAAAAGGGGGUCCCCGCCCUCUUUUCCAUUUUUUCUUAGCUUUCUCUCUCUCUCUCUUCUCCCUCUCUCUUUCUCUCUUUCCCUUCUCCCCACCCCCCGCUCGGUUCCUCUCCCCCCCUCGCGCCCACAGCGUGUUGAUUCGAGCGGGAAGAGGGGGGUGGGUGGGAUUGGAGGGGGAGACCAUGACCUCCAGCUAUGGGCACGUUCUGGAGAGGCAACCGGCGCUGGGCGGCCGCUUGGACAGCCCGGGCAACCUCGACACCCUGCAGGCGAAAAAGAACUUCUCCGUCAGUCACCUGCUCGACCUGGAGGAAGCCGGGGACAUGGUGGCGGCCCAGGCGGACGAGAGCGUGGGCGAGGCGGGCCGGAGCCUGCUGGAGUCGCCCGGACUCACCAGCGGCAGCGACACCCCGCAGCAGGACAAUGAUCAGCUGAACUCAGAGGAAAAGAAGAAGAGAAAGCAGCGGAGGAACAGGACAACCUUCAACAGCAGCCAACUGCAGGCUCUGGAGCGUGUCUUUGAGCGGACACACUACCCAGAUGCAUUUGUGCGAGAAGACCUUGCCCGCCGGGUGAACCUCACAGAGGCCAGAGUGCAGGUGUGGUUUCAGAACCGAAGAGCCAAGUUCCGCAGGAAUGAACGAGCCAUGCUGGCCAAUAAAAAUGCUUCUCUCCUCAAAUCCUACUCAGGAGACGUGACUGCUGUGGAACAGCCCAUCGUACCUCGUCCUGCUCCAAGGCCCACAGAUUAUCUCUCCUGGGGGACAGCCUCUCCAUACAGCGCCAUGGCUACUUAUUCUGCCACAUGUGCCAACAAUAACCCUGCACAGGGUAUCAACAUGGCCAACAGCAUUGCCAACCUGAGACUGAAGGCCAAGGAAUAUAGUUUACAGAGGAACCAGGUGCCAACAGUCAACUGAGGAAAAAAAUAAUAAUUAAACAGGCCUAAGAAGAAAUCAAAAACCAAUAAGACACCUAUCCUGCUCUGUCAUUUCUUCAACUGCUGGAGAAAAAAAAAGUACAAACCAAACAAACCAAACAAACAAAAAAAAAAAACAGAACUAAAAUAUUGGGACCAUGGCAGAGAAAAGCAGGAGAGGAACAAAACGAAAGUUAGUUAACAAAUGUACCUCCUCUCUCUGGAAUACUACCAUAUGUUUCUGUGUGUGCUUAUUUCAUUUUUCUUUCUAUUUAUGCUUUGCUUAAUGUACUCCAAGCUUCAUCAGUUAGGUCCAGCCCACCCACUCUCAUAAAUUUGUAUGAGGUUUGAAAAAAAAAUGUGCAGUUGCCAAAGAAAUCCUAGGUAUACACAUAUCCAUAUUCAAAAUGAUUAACCUAUCAUUUCUCAUUAACCUGUUUGACCUCGGUGCCUUACUCUGUCAUCUGCCCAGUUCCCCCUAGGAAUGUCUGAAAAGCCAAAGUCUUUCUGAAGAAUCUGUGCCAGUCAUGAUUGCCUUUCUCCUUGUCUCCAUAUCUGUGGGUUAUGGUAAGGUUUUCCAAUCAGCUACUACAGAAAAUAAUUGUAUAUACAUUCUGAUCUUUGGCCUCCUGUUUUUUGGAUUGUCUGAUUAAUGUAAGUGGCUAAAUCUGGCUAAUUCUAAGCUCUAAGCUGUGUAGCUUGACCAUGGAUUCAAGCUCUAAGCUCUAGAUGAUAAUAUUGCCAUCUACAUCACCUCACACCUUCAUGCAAACAAUCAGCAGCCUUACGUUAAAGUCAUUUGUUGCCUUUCAACUAUUUGCUCUUAAGGGCUAUUUGAUAGAGAAAAAUCUUUUUUUUUUUUUCACUUGAGAGGGACAGAAAUUUCUUCCGGAAAACAAAGAGUGAAUUGUGAAAUGCAUGGCCUACAUCUCUUUGGUGCCUUAAGUGUAGUCAGAUGCACAUUUAUAUAUACUGUAUAUAUUUAUAUAUUAUAUAUAUAUAAUAUUGCAAGCUUGAGUUUGCAGUUUCUCAAACAUAUCAGAAAAGGCAAAUCUCACACUUCCCUCACUGCCCUUACUUUCACAUGGAUGAAAUGUUAAUUAGGCAUCUUGCUUGUUUUCUUUUUCUACAUACAUUUUCUCUUUAAGGUCAUACAGCAGUUGGCAAGGAUGUUGUUUAAGAACUAGGACUUCUCACCUUAGAGCUUUCAAUGAAUUAGAAGUUAUUUCAGACUAUUGAAAUAUCCUUGAGGUUGGAGCCAGAACACUGAUGAAAUGUUGAUCCAUUCUGAUCUGUCCAGGGAAUUCCACUUAAGAGGAGGAAAAGAUGUUUGGUCAUCUGUUCUUUCUCCGUUCCAUGGAACUGUAAAAGACAAAACACAUAUUAAAGUAGAGUACUUGACAUUUGGCUUAAAUUCUAAAAACUUUAAAUACAAUUGUGGAUAUAUAUAUAUAUAUAUAUACAUAUAUAUAUAUUUCAAAAUAAGUUUAGCCUCUAGGGAUGAGAGCUAGAUGAGAUUUCUUUGUUUCUUUCUCUUUGUUCCCAGCCCACCUUUCCUAACUUACUAGCCAGAUGGACUUGACCAUGCUGUGCCUCAGUUUACUCGUUUAUAAAAGAUGAGUAUGGCAAUUCUUACCUACCUCACAGGGGUGUUGUGAGGCUCUACUCAUCUUUCCAUUCCUGUAUUCUCUGUAUGUCCAGCACUUUGUAGCGCUAGGAAGAAAGGGACUGUGAAAGUGUACAGUGCUAACCAAUGGAAUAAUACCCGAUCUGGAAGUCUCUUCUAGCAAGGGAAUGCUACAUUGCUGUUUAUACUUAUAAUCUUGUAUUUGGAAAUGAGAAAUAGGUUUAUAUUUUUAGAUGUCUCACAAAGCAUGUCAUCUGACUAAAGAAUAACUAAGGGCACGCAGAAUAGAUACAUUUUUAAACAUAUUCUCAUCCUGACCAGCUUAUUUCUAAUACUUUCAAUUAUCAGUGGUUAGAAAGCUUUAGGUUGAUUUUGGCUGGAUAUGCCAACUUUGUACUCUGAGUGACAGGCAAGGAAUUUGGGGUAUAAGAUGCACUUUUAACCCAUAUUAGUAUUUCUGAUCAGGUUGAGCUGACAGUCAUAUUUUUUCAAUCUAACAGCCACCAAUCUGAAAAUAUAUUUCUAAUGAUUCUGUAAUCAUUUCAGUAAUAAGAAGGACACCCAUCUUUUGCAUUGUGCUUUAACCACUUACUCUUAUUUUAACUAAAACAUUUUUUUAUGAAGGUUCAUGUAAGUAAUUGAGCAGCACACAUUAUUUGCUUCUAAGAAAUCUUCCAUCCAUUGCUUUUUGUCCCAUCUAUAGCUGUGGAUUAUGAAGUUUUGAAGGAACAGUAUGUCCUUGAAUAUUAAAACAUUCUUUGACUUGAGAAGUGAUUUUAAUCUUAAACUUUAGGGGUUUAGAGUUUAAAGAGAGGCUUUGGCUAAUAGCAGGAACAAAUUAUAUACCCAAAGGCUUUGCUAAGAAGAGGAGACUCUUAGAGUGGAAACGUAGAGGGUUGUAUGAAACAAAAGUCAUUUGAUACCUUCUUGCUGACAUCCAUUUCCAGUGGCCAACAGUAAAGUUUGUUCCUAUAAACCCUAAUGGUAGGGAAAACCUUUAUCUCAUGCCUUGGGCAAGCAAUGUGCGGAGUUUUCAGAGCAAUGGUGCUGGUUAGUGGCAGGACUGCUCAUUGCUGGUAAGUCAAUGCCACAAGCAUCUGUUAUCUGAGCACUUGGUCAAGAAGUAUACAGGUAGUCCUAGCAUUCACUUCGAUCCACUUAUUACUGAUCUAGAAAUAAGUUUGAUAAGUGAUUUGGAGGAGUAGAUUUGUGGCUCUGAAGCCCCUCAGCAGAAGAGGGCCUCAGGGCCACCAAUUCCAGGCACAUCCCUAUUCUUCACCAGCAGUAUAUCCAGAUACAGAUGAAUAUGUAUCAACUAUCUGUGUCCCCAGUUGCUCCUUAAACAAGAUGCUGAUUUGUAGGGCACAUGGCAGGUUAAAUUAAACCAGAAGAGGUGACCUAAUUAAAAGAAAAAUGGAAUGAAUAAAGAUCUCAUAAGAAAUGUAAUAUGUAAAUUAUAUCUUGCUUUAUGAUGUAAAAUAUACAUUGUUUGCGCUAGAGUAGAAAUGAUUCCUUUUCAAUAAAAUGAAAGAAUGAUACAAUCAUGCCUUUUGUUAUA